CCAAACCGGAAGUUAGUCUAUAACGCAGUGUUGGUCGCGGACGGACAGAACCUGUCAUAUUAGCUCGGUCCCGUUAUUAGCAGCCGUUUUUUUUCGGUCAUGUGCCAGCUCACAUCACACCGGGGCUGUUAACGGGUUCGGUUCUGCGCACAUCCACCUCUUUGGGUCGGGUCGUAGAGAGGACAGAAAUCUGGACGGAGCAAGCAAGAAGAGUGAGAUGAAAUGACAACGUCAACAUUACAGAAAGCGAUCGAUCUCGUGACCAAAGCCACAGAGGAAGACAAGGCGAAGAAUUAUGAAGAGGCCCUCCGUCUGUACCAGCACGCUGUGGAAUAUUUCCUACAUGCCAUCAAAUAUGAGGCCCACAGUGACAAGGCAAAGGAGAGUAUACGAGCAAAGUGUAUGCAGUACCUGGACCGAGCGGAGAAACUUAAGGACUACCUGAAGAAUAAAGACAAACAGGGCAAGAAGCCCGUCAAGGAGGCGCAGAGCAAUGACAAGAGCGACAGUGACAGCGAGGGUGAAAAUCCAGAGAAGAAGAAACUGCAGGAGCAACUCAUGGGCGCUAUCGUAAUGGAGAAGCCUAACGUCAGGUGGAACGAUGUGGCUGGACUGGAGGGAGCGAAGGAGGCUCUGAAGGAAGCCGUCAUCCUGCCCAUCAAAUUCCCUCACCUCUUCACAGGAAAGCGGACUCCGUGGAGAGGCAUCCUGCUGUUCGGUCCUCCGGGGACGGGGAAGUCGUACCUGGCUAAGGCCGUGGCCACAGAGGCCAACAACUCCACCUUCUUCUCCGUGUCCUCCUCGGACCUCAUGUCCAAGUGGCUGGGAGAGAGCGAGAAGCUGGUGAAGAACUUAUUCGAUCUGGCUCGCCAACACAAGCCCUCGAUCAUCUUCAUCGACGAGGUGGACUCGCUGUGCGGCUCCAGGAACGAGAACGAAAGCGAGGCCGCCCGCCGCAUCAAGACGGAGUUCUUGGUCCAGAUGCAGGGUGUGGGAAACAAUAACGACGGUAUCUUGGUGCUGGGAGCCACAAACAUCCCCUGGGUGCUCGACGCUGCCAUCCGCAGAAGGUUUGAGAAGCGUAUCUACAUCCCGCUGCCGGAGGAGCCGGCCCGGGCUCAGAUGUACCGUCUCCAUCUCGGCAACACGCCGCACAGCCUGAGCGAGGCCGACCUGCGGCAGCUCGCCCACAAGACGGACGGCUACUCCGGCGCCGACAUCAGCAUCAUCGUCCGGGACGCUCUGAUGCAGCCAGUCAGGAAGGUCCAGUCUGCAACGCACUUCAAGAAGGUUCGCGGCCCGUCCAGAAGCAACAACCAGGUGAUGGUGGACGACCUCUUGACCCCGUGUUCCCCCGGCGACCCAGCAGCCAUAGAGAUGACCUGGAUGGAGGUGCCUAGUGAUAAGCUGCUGGAGCCGAUCGUCUGCAUGUCGGACAUGUUGCGCUCGCUGUCCACCACCCGUCCCACCGUCAACACCGAAGAUCUGCUGAAGGUGAAGAAGUUCACAGAGGACUUUGGGAUGGAGGGCUGAGAGAGAGAGAGAGAGACACGAGCUCCACCCGCCUCAACUUUUAACCUCGCCACCACCUGAAGGGUCAAACUUGCAACUCCCCGCGACACCCUCACCCGCCCUUGACUGCCGCACCAUCAUCCCCGUAGGCUGAGCGUUCGCUUCACCUUUUCGCCUCUCGUGGAUUAAAAAAAUAAAACGUCCGGGCCAGCGUUUUCUUUUUUGCGAAUCCUCAGAGGAGGUCGACCAAACGCUCUCCGGUAGAAAUCCUCGGUGUGAUUUGGUAGUUGGACUAUAGAUCCUCCUCCUCCUCGUCCUCCUCGUCAUUUCAGGCAACGUUUUUUGUUGCAAAGCUACAAGAACUUCUCCCGUUAACCUGCGUCGUUGUGAGGAAAAAGACGGAGUUCGUCUCUCCACGAGCCGAUUUUAAUCAGACUGAAGGACUGUAAAUGUUUUUUUGUUGCCAUGGUGCACUUUGUUUUUUUUGUUGUUUUUUGUUUUUGCUUCGGAUCGCGACGAAGGACGGCGAAAACAAAAAGAAGACGACUAAGUUCUCCUGCCAGGCAUGCGAGUGUGUGAAUGCAUCUCAAGUGUUUUUAUGAAACGUGUGUGUCUUUUAAUGUGUUUGUCGAUUACGUGUCGAGAGCUCCGUUUUAUUUUGUUAUUUGAUGAAGAAGCUUAAAUUAAUUAAUUAAUUCGCUCUAACGGCUUCUUGUGCGUCUCCGUCAGGCCUCAGAGCGAAGCUUGCAGUAUUUAUUAAAAAAACAAAAACAAAGAAGAGAUGCGCUUUGAUUGGCCGAGAGCCACAAAGGUUUCUGGAGCUUUCACACAUUUUACAUGGUCUUCCUCAGUUCAGAUUUCUGUUUUUUUGUUUUUUUUAUUCUUUACUUGAUGUUAAAAGCAGCAUUUGGUCCCUUUAGUAGCAGUUCUGGAGCUUUUGGGCAUCUUAAACUGUUGAUGAUGAA